AUGGUGAUCGCAGGUCAGGCAGCCUCUCUGGCGCUGCUGUUAUUAUUUGCUGUUGCCGAUUCCAUUCGAGUUUUAAAAGAUGGACCCAUGAUUGAUGCUGAAGGAAGGGAAUUUAAAUCUGCUGCAGUGAGAACUGAUGCAGAUGGCUCUGCUAUUCGUGUACAAUGCACAGAAGUGUCCAUGAUCAUUGUGGUAAAUGCUGACUUUUAUAGAACGGGGCGUCUUGUUUCUGCUGGAGACCUUUUUCUGGGAGAAGCCAGGCAUUCGGAGAGCAGUCAGUGCCGAGCUGUUGCUGUUAGUGACACUGAAUAUGUCAUUGAAGCUGGACUGCAAAACUGUGGCUCCAAUUUAAGUAUAUCCGAGGAUUCUGUGACCUACUCGAACAAGCUGAUUUUCUCACCAGCUGCCAGUUACCAUGGCAUUACAAGGCUGACCCCUGCUGUAGUCCCUGUUUCCUGUCAUUAUAAAAGGACACAUUUUGUGAGCAGUAAUUCUCAGCAUCAGCCCCUGACCCUCUCCACUUCUGCACAGUAUCCAACAGAGCAGUUCAUUUUCUCCUUGAAGCUUAUGACUGAUGACUGGACAAGUGAGAUGCUCCCUAGUGUCUUCUACCUUGGAGACCUCCUGCACCUCGAGGCAUCUUACACUGGUCCAGAUGCAAGACAAAGACGACUCUUCAUCGACAGCUGUGUGGCCACUCUGUCACCUGACGUAACAUCAGUCCCCAGAUAUUACUUCAUUGAAAACUAUGGGUGUGUCACUGACGCAAAAGAGGGAGGAUCAAACACACUGUUCAAACCCAGAACGAGGUCUGAUUCGCUUCAACUGCAGCUUGAUGCUUUCCUGUUUCACCUUGAUCCAAGGAACUCAAUAUUUAUCACUUGCCAACUGAAAGUUACAUCUGAAAUGUGGAAGAGCAGCCCUAUCAACAAGGCCUGUAAUUACAUACAUUCAAGAUGGAAAGAUGUGGAUGGGAAUGUUGGGGUGUGUCAGUGUUGUGACAGUAUCUGUCACCAAAGAUCAACCAAAGAAGUGUCCAACUAA